GACAGGAAUACAGUAACCUAGAUUGGCGAUAUACUGUACAAUUAGUAGCAGGGCGCUAAAGUAUUUCGGAGGAGUACAGUAGCCUAUGGAGUGACGUGAUCCUGAACAACCAAUAGCAGAGCGCCAAUGUAUUCUGAGGGGAGUACAGAAGCCUAUAGAGUGAUGUUCCGUACAAUUAGGCGUUCUAGGGGGCGUACGGAAACCUAUGGAGCUACAACCAAUAGCGGGGCGCUAAGGUUUUCUGACUGAGGGGAGCACAGUAGUCCAUGGGGUGUGUUAUCCCGUACAACCAAUAGCAGAGCGCUAAUGUAUUUUGUAGAGAAGCACAGUAGCCUAUGGAGUGAGGUUAUCCCGUACAACCAAUAGCAGAGCGCUAAUGUAUUCUGAGAAGAGCGCAGUAGCCUAUGGAGUGACGUUAUCCUGCACAACCAGUAGCAGAAUGCCAAUGUAAUGUAGGAGGAGUGCGGCGGCGCGUAGCAGAUUUAAAUGGGAGUUGCUGCGAGCCUGAGGCAACUGAGGGGCGAGCACUGUAGGCCGGUUCGCUGGCUGUCAUGGUUUACAUUUUCUAAGUCACUAACACAUUGCGCUAGAAUACAAAGCAGGCGGUUGUGACUUCACCUGCUGCAGUUACAAUAUGGCGACUGGUAAGGACCUGCCUUGCAUACUGGUGCAGGAGAUGGGAGGAUCUUUUGGCGUUAUGGAGGAGCAUGUGGACUACUUGGAGGAGCGAUUUACUUUAAUCACUAUGAAAGAGUUAAAGGAGAAGAAAGAACAAGUAGCAGAUAAGAUAGUAUGCAUCUUUAAUUGGGCAAACAAGCCUGAUAUUGACCGAGAGCUUCUGGAAUGCCUUCCUCGACUGAAAGUGAUUGCAAGUGCAGGAGCAGGAGUUGAUCACUUAAACCUAAAGAUGAUAUCCAGCUAUGGGGUGAAAGUUGCCAACACGCCCAACGCUGUGACCAAUGCUACAGCUGACUUGGCCAUGACACUGCUGCUCGUGUCUGCCAGGAGCUUUCUGGAAGGUCACAAGAUUGCAAUGUCUCCAGACACUGAUCAUUUCCAUGCUAACUGGGUAUCUAGAGGGGAUAUAACCGGGAAUACUGUCGGCAUUGUCGGAAUGGGAAAGAUUGGAUAUAAAAUUGCACAAAGAGCAAAGGCAUUUGAAAUGAAGAUUCUGUAUCAUAACAGACAUCAAAGACUGGAAGAAGAAAAGUCAGUUGGGGCCACAUACUGCGAAAAUCUGACAGAUUUGCUCCAGCAGUCAGAUUAUGUAAUACUGGUUGUUAACCUAACUCCACAGACAGAAAAACUGAUUGGGAGGAGAGAAUUGAAACUAAUGAAGCCUUCAGCAACUUUGAUUAAUGUCAGCAGAGGUCCAGUCGUUGAUCAGGAUGCUUUGGUGGAAGCCUUACAAGUGGGAGAAAUCAAAGCUGCUGCACUAGAUGUUACAUAUCCAGAACCCUUGCCUAGAAAUCAUCUACUAUUAAAACUGAACAAUGUCAUUUUAACACCACAUAUGGGAAGCGCAACUCACAGAACCAGACGUAUGAUGAUGGAAGAAAUGGUUCAAAGUUUGAUCGAUGGUGUAAAUGGCCUCCCUGUGUCCAAUCAAGUUAUUGCCAAGUGACAUGAACGAUCCUUUUGACAAUCAUAUGUAUUUUCUUCUGCACUCCACCAUGUAAACAUGAGUCAUCCAUUCACCUCUUACAUGGCAUAUUCUGACACCUAAAACUCCAGGUUUGGCAAGCAAAGUUACUGUUUUUCUUUUGUUUUGACUUUACCGUAUUAUGUGUUUUUUCUUCUAAUGGCCUUCCACAAAAUCUUGGAAACAAUGGAACUCUCAACAUGCACUUAGUUGUGUAGCCAAUACAGGCUGUGUCUGUCCAUUGUUUGUUGCCUGUAUAGAAGACACCUGGGAAAUCUUGCUGAUUGAUAGGUGAUCAAAUA